UUCAUAAUGGAUGAUUUAUUUCAGCUGGCAUUUUGUGCAGACGUUCUACGAAGCACACCUGUGUAACAUGACGUCACCCGUGGAUAAACCGAAUCAGUCCGACCCAGAAGCUUUUACUAGCACCGGGCCAGUGGACAAUGGUGCUAAGACAGGGAAGCAAAGUGAAGGUGACUACAGACUGCAAAUAUUCCAGUCUUCCCUGAAUGCGCUGGCGCAUAUUCUGAUUGGAGCCACGGUGAUGCCGUGUCUGCUGUACGCACUGAGAAAUGGCGUACCGUUGACUGCGACUUCAGUUCACAUUAUCUUGUGUGUUAUUGGGCACCACCUCCUCAUGGCCGAAGCGAUCCUCAGCCUGAGUCCGGCCAACGGCUGGUCCUCCCGGCUGCGUCUCGUGGACAAGCGGCGCGCGCACUGGAUCCUCAUGACCACCGGCUCCGGGAUGGCCAUUGCAGGCUCCUUCUACAAGAUCCUGGACAAGCCGGUGCAUUGGAAUACUUUGCAUGGACAGUUUGCUUUAGUGGCGCUAGUGUUCACGGUCGCCAGUCUGUUCAACGGCCUCACGUCCCACUACGCGUACGAGUGGAGGGUCGUCUUCAACGCCAACCUGUCCAAGAUCACCCACAUCUGCUUCGGAGUCCUCGCCUACACCAUGUCUUCCGUCUGCCUCAUCUAUGGCCUUGACAAGCAGGGAGUCAGGAACUGGGCUACCUCUCCUGUAGUCGACGCUCUUAUUGCAGCGAUUGUCAUAUACACCGCCAUCUGCAUCAUAAACCCGACUAUUAGCUUCUACAGGAAAUCGAAGUUGGUCGUCAAGAAUAGCUUGUAAAUUGGAUUCUGAUUUCGUUAAUGUAUAUUGAAUCUCAGUGCUGUAAAUUCGAUACCAGUCAGCGUUUGCUUAGAUGAGUAUAAAUACUGUAAAUUUGUAUUAUUUUUGUACUUUACUUAUGGUUAAUAAAGAAAAACCACAAAUAAUA